AUCCUUAUUGUGGCUAGUUCACAUAGGUGUCUGUUUCAGUGCACCCCCUCAAAUAAGGUUGGGACAGAGCUAGCAAGUCAAGCCUGAGGCCGAGACAUUAUCCAGAAAACAACAAUCUAGCUACAUAUUGGUCAGUCAUGGCAGCCAUCCGAAAGAAGCUGGUCAUAGUGGGAGAUGGCGCAUGUGGGAAGACGUGUCUGCUCAUCGUCUUCAGUAAAGACCAGUUCCCCGAGGUCUACGUGCCCACUGUCUUCGAGAACUAUGUCGCUGACAUUGAGGUCGACAGCAAACAGGUUGAGUUGGCACUAUGGGAUACAGCAGGCCAGGAGGACUAUGAUAGGCUCCGCCCCCUAUCUUACCCAGAUACAGAUGUCAUCCUCAUGUGCUUCUCCAUCGAUAGCCCUGACAGUUUGGAAAACAUCCCAGAGAAAUGGACUCCAGAGGUCAAACACUUCUGCCCUAACGUUCCCAUCAUCCUAGUGGGCAACAAAAAGGACCUGCGUAACGACGAGCACACCCGCAGAGAGCUAGCCAAGAUGAAGCAGGAGCCUGUGAAGCCAGAGGAGGGACGUGACAUGGCGAACCGGAUCAGUGCCUUCGGCUACAUGGAGUGCUCUGCAAAGACCAAGGAUGGCGUGAGGGAAGUGUUUGAGAUGGCCACCAGGGCGGCGCUACAGGCCCGGCGGGGGAAGCCGAGAAAUAAAUGCCUCCUACUGUAAAGGGAGGCAUGAGGGACUCUGCCUCGUACUGGGGGCAAGGCAGAAGAAAUUAGAUCUAUUCCCCUGCCCCACAAAAGACUGUGCUCCCCAUUUUCUAAAGGUGUAAUGCUUUUAAUUUGUCUUAAAGUGAGUCAUGUUUUUGUCAGUAUUCAAUGAUGGGGUUAUGGAAAAGCUUCUUUUUUUUGUACAUGAGUGAAUCUGCCAUAUCAACACUUCCUUUGAACUUGUACUGCCAUGCAACCUAUUGUUGUCAUACCUGCCAAUUAAGUGCUUGAGCCCCACCCACUGAACUGAGGAAUGUCUCCAUAGCCAAUCAGGGUGGGGUACCCAUACACUGAUCCAAAGGCUUGAUAGUUUUGUGUUUUAUGCACAUACAGGCAUAACAUUUUUGAAAUAAAUGUGCUUCAUCUAAAGCCCUAUGUGCAUCUAUUAAUAUGCGCACACAAAUGUCUGUAAUAAAUACCUAAGACUUGACAGUGGAAAUAAAUGUACAAAUGUUUAAGCUAA